CGAUCCAAAGCUUCGCAAAGAGGAGGGAUACCGCCUGUACCGGUUUAUGCGCUCCUGUUAAACCCCUGUGCUUCUAGCGGAUCCUAUAGACCAGACUUUCCUUCUCCGCUAGCUGUUCCGUGAUGGCAGGAACGAAGCGCAAGCGCGCCGGCGGCGGUCACUCAGACGAUGAAACCCCGAUUUAUGACACGUCCAAUUCCAACAAUGGACUCGGUGUAGCGCAAACAUUAUCUCUGCUUCGAGGCUCAAAAACCUCUGAAGAAGGUGAACCUACUACGGCUCAGGAUAUGCUGUCUAAAGAUACCCCAAAAAAGGACAAGAACGAUAUGGUGGUACAACGACCAUCGAAGAAGAAGCGGGUGGACGGGGAGAAGACGAAAUAUCCGGUCCUUACUUACGUCGAUGGGCGACUACAAUCUUCGAUUAGGAUCGCAGACCUGCAAGGCCUCUUACUCUACUGUUUCGCGGACGGCAUUGCGCCACAGUGGAUUUCUAUCAAGCACUCCGGACAUGUCAGGAAGAUAGUGGCUCUAAUGGUACCAGGUCUGGAAAUAGGCAUGUUUGAUGGGUCUGUCCCGUUGAUACCUCCUGCGGAGGAAGCGUCGAACUACUCCGCAGCUGCUGAGGGCCAAGAGGACUCUAAAACAGCCGAUUUCAAUCGUUGGAAACAGGGAUUGCCUCUCGAAGAUCGGUCUCAUCGGUUCAAUCCUCGCCCGUUGUCGCGUGAUGGACUUCCGGAACCGUUACAACCUCUGGCAGAUAUAUUUCCUCACAUCUGGCCGAUUAAAGCGCCUGGUGAUUCGAAGUAUAAUAAAGUCCAUUCGCCGCUUCAAGCGGUCUUGUUGUCGGCUUUACCCAAGAAUAAGGAAGACAGUCAAAAGAAGGGUCCUAAACAGGCACGGGUGGAUAAGAGUUUCAUUCCCAGGCGGACUCCGAUAACCACUUUUAUCAGCUCUCUUGCGGAUCUCCGUGAAAACGACUAUGUCCUCCAUCCAGCACUGUUCAGAACAGAUAAUGGGAGAUCAGAAUUGAUAGCAGCGCGCAAGCGAACUGGCCAGGACGCUGAAGCUGGAUGGGUUGAUACUCAUGUCACAAACAUAGAGGAAGGCGAUGUUCCCGAGGCUGAGAUCCAACAGGGAAGCAUGACAGCUGGACGUACUGUACUGUCUUUGGAUUGUGAGAUGUGUAUCACGGAGGGCGGAAAGUCCGAGCUCACGCGCAUAAGCUUGGUCGGCUGGGACGGCGAAGUCGUACUGGAUGAGCUCGUGAAGCCGCAGUUGCCCGUGAUUGACUACCUUACCCGGUUUUCGGGGAUCACCAAGGAAAUGCUGGAUCCUGUUACGACUACCCUCGCUGAUAUUCAGCAAAAGCUCCUUACUAUCCUUACACCUCAUACUAUUCUAGUUGGCCACUCACUCAAUUCGGAUCUAAACGCUCUCAAACUUGCGCACCCCUUCAUUGUCGACACCACAAUUAUUUACCCCCACCCCCGUGGGCCGCCGCUCAAGUGCAGUUUGAAGUGGCUUACUCAGAAGUAUCUCGGCAAAGAGAUCCAGAAGGGUCAGACUGGUCAUGACUCCAUUGAAGACGCCCGCGCCGUGCUCGAGCUGGUGAAACUAAAGUGUGAGAAAGGCGAGCGGUGGGGAACAAGUGAUGCCGCGAAUGAAAGUAUCUUCAAGCGCCUCGCACGCUCUACACGGCCAGGCAAGUCGAACACAACAGGCGAAGGCCGUACCGGAGCGGUUGUCGACUGGGGUAGCCCCGAGCGUGGGUUCGGAUCCCAGGCAACCGUCGCGAUCGGAUGCAGUGAUGACGAGGAUGUAGUAAAGGGAAUCGCAUCAGUUGUUAACGGGGACGAAAGCAACACUACGAUCCCAGGAGGCGGAGUAGACUUUACCUGGGCACGGAUGCGAGAGCUAGAAGUUUAUCGAGGCUGGUGCAACCGGAUACCAGAUCCCAAAAAUGCGAACGAAUCCACGGCUCUAGUCUCUCCCCCUGAAACAACGCCAGGCAGUCCGACCACUACCUCCGCUCCUUCGGAAACUGCUCCGAAGAGUCUCAUUGAUACAGUAUCGCGCACAGUUUCUCAUAUUAACCGUGUCUAUGAGUCUCUUCCACCGUGUACGUUGUUUAUGGUCUACUCGGGUACUGGAGACCCACGCGAGGUCAGCCGGCUCCAGGCCAUGCAUAAGUGCUUCCGGGAAGAAUUCAAUUCCAAGAAGCCAUGGGACGAGUUGACUGUGAAAUGGACGGACACUGAGGAACUAGCCCUGAAAAAAGCGUGUGAGAGAGCCCGAGAUGGCUGUGGUUUCAUGUGUGUCAAAUAGAGUCUAUAUUUGGUUUUUCGAUGCUGCGGGCUAUCGAGAUAGCGUAGAUACCCCUGUACAGCAUGGAUGUUG